UAAAGGUGAAUGCUUUUUGUAACUACAAAGUUUCCUUUUUAUCUUUUUCAGACUUUUCUGUAUUAUUUCUUCCUAUCUUUGUUGGGUACUAUUUGUUGGGCAUCUAAUAUCAGCAUUUGAGGACUUCUUUCUUGGUGAAGAAAUCAAUUUACUCAGAUUUCUCAAUUGGUUUCAUCUCAGUUUGACUACAGCAGGUGUUUAUAAUCUGUAUGUAAUUAUCUCAAGUCUCAACUGCUUAUGUCUUGAUUUAACAUUAUACAAUACUUUAUGAAUUAAAAAGAAAAAAUCAAUAGACGUUGAAGAUACCAUUCUAGAAGUUUUGUUAUUAUUAUUAUUAUUAUUGGUUGUGCUUUGAUUUCAGCCUAAAUGUUUACCAAAUAAUCCUUCAAAUAAUUUUAAUGCAUAUUUUUCAGUGGUGGACCUUAAACUGGGGCCAACUGAGGUAUAUUUUAUAGGAACUUAUUCUGAUAAGAUCAUUUUAUAGUCAACAAAUUGAUAAAUAAUCUACGUUUCAGAAUAAACUUCUGUUGAUGUUUGUUUAUAGAGGACCAUUUCUGCUAGCAAUUUUCAUAACUUCAAGCUCUUCAUCUGCUAUUAGGUUCAGAAAAAAGAUUUUUCCCUUUUCUUAUGGAUAUGUUUCUGCUUAGUUUCCUCAUAGUUUUCUUCUUUGAAACUCCCAAUCUCUAUGCACAACAAAGUUAUUCAGCAAACUUAGUCAUGGAUUGUAACAUAAGUGAUUCAACAGGUCCUUCUCCUGCUUUUCUUUAUUCCUGCAAUGGCAAGAAGCAGUCCUGCAAAACCUUUCUGAUCUACAAAUCUCAACCUCCUUAUAAUAAAGUCUCUAGUAUAUCAAACCUCACAUCUUCUAACCUGGUAGAGCUUUCCCGUAUCAACAAUAUUUCAAGUUCCACUGUCUUGCCAUCUGACAAAGAGGUGCUAGUUCCUGUAAUCUGCUCCUGCUCAGGUCAGUACUAUCAGGCCAACGCCUCUUAUACUGUUUCAAGUGCUUAUGAUACCUAUUUUACAAUCGCAAAUGACACGUAUGAGGGUUUAUCCACUUGUAAUUCUCUUAUGAGAGAAAACAGUUAUGGUGAAUUUAGCUGGGAUGUGGGCAUGAAACUGGUAGUUCCACUUAGAUGUGCUUGUCCUACAAGCAAUCAGACCGCAAAUGGCACCAAGUAUCUGUUAACCUAUUUGGUCAGUUGGGGUGAUAAACUUCCUGCUAUUAGUCAGAGAUUUAAUGCAAACUUAGAGAGUGUGAUUUAUGCAAAUGGGUUUGCUGAAGAUAGUCCAACUCUUUUUCCCUUCACAACAAUUCUUGUCCCACUUUCAACUGAACCUUCAAGCUCCCAGACCAUAAUUCACUACUCACCACCACUUGACUAUUCUCCAUUCAUUCCAAUUCACCAAAUCAGGGGAUCAAAGAAAGGAUUUCACGUUUGGUUAAUACUUGGUUUUUCCCUGCUAGUCCUUCUUUUUGUUCUGUUUAUGGUCUUCUUCCUUCACAGGAAGAAAAUAUACCUUAGAGCUCAUAAGGAGGAAGGGGGGAAAAAGAAAUCAAUAUUAGCAGAAGAUUUUCUGAAUCGCAUUGCUGGCAUUGAUCUGGGGUUGAAAAUCUAUACGUUUGAGGAAUUAAAGGUAGCAACCGAAGACUUCAGCUCCGACAAUAGGUUGAGUGAUUCGGUUUAUUGUGGGGUUAUCGGCGGACAAGUGCUAGCCAUAAAGAAGAUGAGUAGACACAUCUCUAAUGAGGUGCAUUUACUUAGAAAAAUAAACCACUUCAAUCUAAUAAGCCUUUAUGCGGCAUGUGAGCAUCAAGGAGUCUACUACCUCAUGUACGAGUUUAUGGAGAAUGGUUCUUUAAGGGAUUGGCUCUGCAAAAGGAGCUGUCUUGAAGUUCAGAGUUGGAAUCGGAGGAUUCAGAUUGCUAUGGAUGUUGCUAAUGGUCUUCACUAUCUUCACAAUUUCACUGAUCCUCCAUAUGUGCACAAGGACAUUAGCAGCAGCAAUGUGCUACUCAGUAGGCAUUUUAGGGCGAAGAUUGCCAACUUCAGCCUAGCACGUUCAGCAGAGGCAGAAGAACAUGUGAAUUCUUCACUAAGAUUGGCCCUGGGGGCAAAAGGUUACAUGGCACCAGAGUAUAUAGAAUCUGGCUUGGUUACCACUGAGAUUGAUACAUAUGCAUUUGGGGUAAUUUUGUUAGAAUUAGUUACAGGAAAAGAAGCUGUAUUCAUGGAGAAUGAAAGAGAGAUGCAAUUAUCAGAAACAAUUAUUUUAAUUAUGGAAAAAGAAGAUGCAGAAGCUCGGCUUGGCAACCUUGUAGAUCCGAUUCUGCACUCACGGUACUCUAUGGAAGUUGUCCUGCGAAUGGUAAGGUUGAGUCUAGCCUGCUUACAGCAGGAACCAGAAAGUAGACCAAGCAUGGCUGAAAUAGUUUCCUCUCUUUCAAAGAUUCAACUGGAUGUUCAUAGAUCAGAAUCUGUGUGAGUGAAGUAUGUUUAAUUUUUUGAAAAUAUUAGUUGUAUAAAUUUCGAAUAAUAUAUAUGUAUUUGUGAUGUUUAGUUCAGGUGA